AUGGCUACUCAAGGAUCCGAAUCUAUCCUGGGCCUGGCCCAAAACAUCCUCAACCUCACACAGGAUCUCACAAAAUAUCUCCAAGCAAACAACUUGGUGGCUCCCACCUUUUCACUCGAAUCUCAAGAUCCUCCGGCCACCUUAGAAUACCGUGAGAUCCACGCCGGCCUCAAGACCAGUCUAGAGGACCUACAACGCCUCAUUGACGGUCCCCGGAAAUGGCUGAGAGAGUUCUGCUGCACCGGCUAUGAUCUUGGUCUCGUUCAGGUUGCCCUGGACUUUGAAUUCUUCCAACUCGUCCCUGCGCAUGGAAGCAUCACCAUCGAUGAGCUUGCCGAAAAGGCCGGUCUCGACGCGGACCGCACGGGGCGCAUCAUCCGCCAACUGAUGACCUAUCGUAUCUUUGAGGAGCACCAACCAAGGGUCAUCUCCCACAGCAACACCUCCCUCCUCAUGCAGCAAGAUGAGGAACUCCGCUCCGUGGUCCACUACAGCCUCGAUGAGAUGCUCAAGGCCGCCGCCGACUGCAACAUCACCUUCAAGGCUCACCCAUACGAAUGCCACCAGAACCUCAACCCCUUCGUGACCCGCCACGGCGUUGGCAUCUUUGAGUUCUACAAGAACGACCCCGCCAAAGCCCGACGCUUUGCCAAAGCCAUGGCUGGCCUCCGAAAGAUGGACCGACACCUGGACUACCUUCUCUACGACAGCUUCAACUGGGGUGCUCUCAACGGCACAGUGGUUGACUGUGGAGGAGGCAAUGGCCACAUCAGCAAGAGCUUGGCUGAGGCCUACCCCAACAUCAAGUGCAUCGUGCAGGACAGCAACGCCGACAUGCUCGCCGAGGGCAAGGAAUCCCUCUCGCCAGAGCUCGCCGACAGAGUGACCUACUCCAAGCACAGCUUCUUCGACCCGCAACCAGUCAAGGACGCGGCCGCGUUUUUGAUCCGCCAGUGCACCCACAACUGGGCUGACAAGGACGUCGUCAGGAUCUUCAAGGGCUUCGUUCCUGGCCUGGAAAACUCCAGCCCAAACACCCCUUUGCUGAUCAACGACAUCAUCAUCCCCGAGCCUGGUGUCUGGCCCCGUCACCAAGAGCGUGUCGUCAGACAGGUUGACUCGGUCAUGAUUGUGAACUGUGGUGGAAAGCAGAGGACCAAGGCCGAGUUUGAGCAGUUGCUGAAGGAGGCUGAUUCGCGGUAUGAGAUUAGGAAUGUCUUUGACAAUGGACCGUUGGGACUGUUGGAGGUUUAUCUCAAGCGCUGA